AUGGACCAAGGCGUUAUUUCUUCUCUGAAACGUAACUAUCGCUCAGCUAUCCUUCAGAAAAGAAUAGAAGAAGGGAACGACCUCAAGAGCUUUUGGAAGGACUUCACAAUCUUAGAUGCCAUCUACGAAGUACGAUCUGUUUGGGAAAAAACCAAACCGCUUACUAUCGUACGAUCUUGGAAAAAAAUCAUGCCCGACAUUUGUGAAGACGAUGACUUUCUAGGAUUUGAUGAGACUGAUUUUGUUGUUAAAAAUAUCACUGAAGCUAUAAAAGAUGUGCCAGGAGGAGAGGAAAUGGACGGAGAAAAUAUACUGCAGUGGUUGGAUUGUGAUGCGGAAGAUCAAGGGUAUGAGCAGCUGACAGAUGAGCAGAUUGUAAACAAGAUAACAGGUGGAGUUGGGGAGGACGAGAGUGAAAGUGAUGAGGAGGGGGGGUCACGCGAUCAACAACAAACAACUGUGUCGCAGAGUGCUGCAUUGGCGAGUGUGGAACAGCUGCUUGAGUACGUUGAGAGUCAAGAAGAUGCUCCAAUCGCAGACAAAAUUGUGUUACGAAACAUAAGAAGUAGAAUCAAAAAGAGAUGUUUCUCUGUUCAAAAACAGAAAACUGUUACGGAUUAUUUUGAAAGAAAGUAA